AUGAGAAAUUUAAAAAUAACAAUGAUUACAAGAAUGAGAAUACUCGGAUUUAUUCUGAUUAUGCACGCGUGCUUAAUUAUACUAACAAAAAAUACCACAGUUCACUGUACAUCAAUUGAAGAUAUCUUUAAUUCAUUAGUUGAUAAUACAAGUAAUUAUACAAACCCACAAUACGCACAGAAUUACAGUCAUUCCAUGGUAAAUGAGGAUAUAAAUAAUCCAUACGGUGCCCAAGAAGAACCAGUUUGUAGUGAUACAUCUAUAAUAGAAUUAAUGAAAAUACCAACUUCAGAUUUAUUCAAUCCAGAACCCAUAAAUACACACAGUGGCUAUAACCCGAAUCCCCCGAACCAAACCAUGUAUACCGCACGUGCUUUUAAUAAUCCCACACAAAUGGUACCAUCACAGUAUACUAGUAAUAAUCCAUUAUAUGGAGGUGGUUCAAGCCGUACGGAAGAGGCACCUUCAUCUUUGUAUGCAAAUAUAAAAAGAAAACUGGUUGAGCCUAUAAAAAGUAUAUUUCCAAAGAGGUUUGUUGCUAAGCCUCCUAUAUUUUGCGUGACUAGAGAUUCAUAUGAGUAUAAGAAGUUCAUAGAAAAACUGCACAAGCAUAGAUUGUCUGUGAAAAAUAAUAAUGAAAACAAUCAACACACUGCUCCAUCAUUCUAUAACCAAAUAGUAGAUAAUAUUGCUGUUAAAAAUGUGAAUAAAGAAUUAAUAGAUCGUAUAAGCACUAUAACAAAAAAGAAUCAUAAUCUAUGGACAGGUCUGCAAUCUAUUAAAGAAGAAAGUACAAAAACAAAGCUAGCGAUAAUUAAAGGAGUGUUAAGUUGUUUUUAUAAUCUGAGUCCUAUAUUUCAAUCCUGUGAAGUUCUAUACUAUAAUAGAAUUAUGCAGGAUUUAAAUAAUUAUUUUUAUAGAAAUAUUAUUUCUUCUUAUAAUACGCAUAUAAUAGAAGAUUUAUUACAGACAGAAAAUAGAAUAAAACUAAAUGAAUUCAAUCCAUAUAAAUCCACACUUGGUGACAUAUACAUUAAAAAUAAUAUAAACCAUUUGUGGCAUGCAGAGAGCAUUCUGAUGUCUUGUACUAAUAUACAUAUAGAGUGCUCUAACGAUUUGCCUGCGUGUACUGUUGAGCUAAAAAGACAGUUGCUCUUUAUUCUAUGCAUUCCAGAAAUAUAUGAAGAUUUGUUUUAUAUGAAGUAUGAAGAUAUUGAUAUACUAAGGGAUUUAAUUAUAAAAAGCACUUCUAAUAGGAUUUAUAGGCCUAUACAUAAUAUGUUUUGUAUUAUAGAAUACUUACACGGGUUUAUUCAUAAAAAUGCAGAAAUAAUGGAUGCGUCCUUUAAAAAAAUACAAGAAAUUGAUGAUAUUGUGUGUUACCUAUAUGAUGUUAACUAUAUUACAAUAUAUCAUUUUGUAUAUACCGUAUUUGCCUACUUCUAUAAGUAUUCUUUAUAUUUAUAUAAAAUAGACCCAAAAGUGCUUAUAAGCAACACAGAUCCACAAUUACAAAAAGACUGCAAUUAUAUGGCUAAAAAAAAGUAUACAAAAAUUCCAGAAGACAGAAUAAUUUCAUAUAAAGGAAAAGAUUCUGUUAUGUUAUUUAAUUAUAUUAAAUGCAUGGUUCAAUUCAAAUGCAUUUCUGGUUCUAUGCCAGCAAAUGAAAGAAUGUUAGACAACAUAAUAGACAAACAAAUCCGUUAUAACUAUGUGUAUAAAGAGAAUAUGAAUAUAUCUUAUUGCCAUCACUACCACGUGCAAGUUGUAGACAAUAGUGCACAUCGUGUGCAUAUUAUGCAUAUUCCUUUCUUUGUUUUUAAUGACGAUGAAACUAUUAAGUAUAACUAUAUACACACACUUGAAGAUAUUGUAGAUUAUAUAAAGAGAGUAUCUCGUAUUAGCGAGAAGAAAAAAAAUACAUUGGUUAAUAAUGUAUAUCCAUUCAAAUAUAAUAGAGCAGAAAAAACAUGGUCAAUGGUAACUAAGCUGGCUAACACAGAGGCUAAAAGAAGAAAGUUAGAUGUCACAGAGAAUGAAAUGAAUAAAACAAUGGAAGAAAUGCAUAAUUCUGGAUUUGAUGUUGUAUUCUACUAUAUAAAAGAGAAUAUAAAUAUAACAGAAUUUGUAUUUGCGCAGUUUAAUUCUAUAGGUGAAAUGGUUAUUAAUAAAGCGUAUGAAGAGGACAGAGAGGAAGCAAAGAAGUUAUUUGAUGGAUGUAAAGUAAAUGAGGAUUCAAUACGAAUUCCUUUAUUCCUUCCCAAGCUAAUGACAUCAGCUAUUCACAUGGGGCCAUACGUUCUAAAGUCCAAGGCGAUAUAUCAAUCUAAGACUCUAGGCGAUUACCAAGACUUAGUCCCCAUUGAAUUUUCUAAUUGGCUAGAUCAUCUUGUGAAUACAAACAGUUUAAACCAGAAAAAACUCAUAGAAGUAGCUAAGAAAUAUAGGCAGUGUAUAAAUUAUUACAGUGACUUUGUUAUACUAGGAUUGAAUCAUGCAUACGAAGACUGUUACUGUUAUUUCAUGAAUGUUACGACAACACUAACAUUAGAAAACACCAUAAAGCUUACUUGGAAUACAAAAAAACAGUAUACCUUAGGAGAAUAUACUAAUUACAAAAUAGAUUUAGCUUCUCAGCAUGAAAAUAGUGCUAUAACCGAAGCAGAAUAUAGAAAUAACAUAAUGCUAGCAACCUCUUUCUUAAAUAUAUUUCAAAGAAGGCAUGUAUCACAAGACAUGCUUUAUUAUGGAAUAUGUGUGUGUGUACCAAAAGAAACAAAUACUAGCAUAGUAUCGAUUAUUGCAUGCCCAGAAAUGAAAAGCCAGUUACAUGAGUUAUUCAGCCAAAAUAAUGAGAUGUAUUGCAUGCUUAGCCCAGAAAUAAGAGAAAACAGCCAAAAAUUAAUGGAUUGUCUAAAUACACAAAUCUCAAAUCUACACAAAUUUUCUAGAAUACAGGUAACUGUGAAAUGUGUUAAUUAUACAAAGUCUAAGCUGGGACUGCACUAUAAUAUUUUAAAUAUUUUCUUCUAA